ACCAUGCUUCAGACCAUCAACUAAGCUGACCAUACUUGAGCCUCCCCCUUUUAGUCCCCUCACCUGGUGACACGUUUCAACACAAUGCAACUGUUCCAUCUGCGAUGUUGAUACAAGAUAGGUAUGGCUGGUCUGUACUAGCAUCCGUUACUGCGCAGGCUUCCUUUUAGAAACCUUGUCUCCGUGCACGGGGAGGCUGUCAAGGAGUUUCCAAUCAUGCUGCCUGCUUGGCUACCAUGGAUCGUCCGAUUCCCGCCUCAUGUAUGGAGGAAAUGGGGUGACCCCAACUGUUGGGUUGACGCGCUUAUAAGUAUGCAGGAGUACAACUGGUGGAAUUUUUUUCUUUCCUUGUUCUCUUCACCUACAGUCUCCGUGGCUUUAGGAUGCCUCUUGUGGUUUGUCCGAAAUUGAAAGCGACAGGCAUAUGUCACCAGCAAGGGUGCACGUAUCGUCACGACGUGAAAAUAUGUGUCCCUUGCGGUGUCGUCUGCACAACCGGCAAGACGUAUGAUGCACAUAUACGCGGAAAGAAACAUCGUUCGAGGACAAGCUCUGGGCGACGCAUCUUCCAUUGUUCCCUUUGCAAGAGGAAUGUGCCGGAAUACCAAUGGGACGACCAUAUCUAUGGGCAGCGACAUGUCGGGGAAGCUAUCCGACGUGGCGUAUCGUCUGCAGUGGAACCUGAAGAAGCUGUACUCAAGGCCAAUGAAAAGCUUUGCACUGUGUGCGAUAGGAUUAUCUCCCUCAAUUCAUGGGGUGCUCAUGUUGGCGGUGCGUCACAUCGCAAGAUGAAGCAGUUCAUCGCUUUCCGGGCUGCCUUCGAGGAGGCUGAGCGUGACAAACACGGAAUAACUGUCUCUGACGAGGAUGGGGUCGAUUUUGGAGUAAUUGAGCUAGUUCAUGCGGUGAAUGGCAUGCAAACGAUCCUCACUGUUGUGAAUACCAUUCCGACUGCUAGGGUGGAGGUAGUUGAGUUUCGGCUGGGUUCCCAGCUCACGAAUGGUCGAUCCUUCUUUACUGCUUCAUGUGACCAAGCAUCCGUACCCUUCAACCGUGACUAUCAUAUCAACAUUGAGUUCAGGCAAUCCAACCUCGGUCGUUAUGAAGAUCGCCUUGAGAUCGUAUUUGAGGAUCUCAGUCUCAAGAAGCGCUUCGUGAUUGUCAGGGCUUUGCAAGCCAUAGUGGGUAGCAAAGAAGAUCAUGAACAGUUCAAGCCACGAGCACCAUACCAACCGCGAAAGAGGACGACGCGCGAUCCCGAAACUUCCAUCAUCGCAGGGCCUCCUCCAGCUGCUACAAGGGCUAUGAAAUGGGUCACAAAACUUCCUUGGGCGGACAUCCCUAAGAACCUUUCCAACAUCCUAGUUGGUGGUGAACCCGUACCGGAAGUUGCUGGGACCCUGAAGUCGACAGUGCUUCCAUUACAUUUGAAUCCCAGCACUUACGCCAGGCAUUACCAGGUUUUGUUAUGGACGGAGGAGUUCCGUAUGCAGCAUGAUCUUGAGUCGUAUGACAUAGCAGAUGCUCAACUAAUCAAACACGGACAAUACUACCAUCUGGAAGUUCCAGGUCUGGCGGAGAACAGACCCAGCGUCAUCAUUGGUGACCGUAUUCUCGUGAAGCGGCAUGGCUGGGAGAAGGGAAAAUGGUUCGAAGGUCAUGUUCAUUUCGUUCGACUACUCGCAGUCGGCCUUCGAUUCCACGAGUCCUUCCCUGGCCAUACCAGUGCCGCACGUUACAACAUUCGGUUCAAGUUGAAUCGUCUGCCUCUACGCAGACAGCACGAGGCUUUAUCAAGUGCAUUUUCCCCAAGUCGCCUACUCUUCCCAGGAACUCGGAAUGUUCCAGUGAAAAAUAUACCUGCUGUCACUGAAGAACUUCGUGAUUGGAUUUAUAAUAAGCUUAUUGCUGGAAACGCUGAGCAAUUGCAAGCCGUGGCCUCCAUCAUCCAGUUACCUCCUGGACACGCGCCAUUUGUUAUAUUUGGACCUCCUGGAACGGGAAAGACAGUCACCAUGGUGGAGACCAUCCGUCAACUCGUUCGGACAAAGCCCGCGGCUCGCAUCAUCGCUUGCGCCCCAAGCAACAGUGCCGCAGACCUGAUCGCCUCUCGUCUGAAGAUGCUGGGUCCAAGCCUAUUCAGGCUGUAUGCGCCUUCGCGAAACAAGAACCAGGUGCCAUCUGAGCUCCUCCCGUUCACUCAUACAACCAUUUCGGAAGAAGGCCAUGACUUGUUCUCCGUCCCUCCUAUGGCUGUCUUGCGUCGAUUCAAAGUCAUUGUCACUACUUGCGUCUCUGCGCCUGCUUUGCAUGGCGUUGGAUUACCCCGAGGUCACUUCUCGCACGUCUUCAUUGACGAGGCGGGACAAGCUACUGAGACUGAGUCUAUGGCUUCUAUCAAGUUGCUGUCGGAUAACAACACAAAUGUUGUUUUAUCAGGAGAUCCUAAGCAACUGGGUCCUAUCAUCCGCUCCCCAGUCGCGAGGGAGCUUGAUUUUGAGCUAAGCUACCUGGAGAGGCUGAUGAAGACUCACGUCUACAAUGAGAGAAGUUGGCGAGGUAAGACUGUCGUAAAGCUCGUGCAGAACUUCCGCUCCCAUGCUGAGAUCCUCAAAUUCCCCAACGACCACUUCUACAGGGGUGAACUGAAAGCUUGUGGAGAUACUCGAGUGACACAGUCAUACGUGGGGUGGUCUCACCUGCCGAACAAACGAUUCCCAAUCAUCUUCCAUGCUGUUUCGGGCGAAGAUCAACGAGAGGCGUCUUCACCGUCUUUCUUCAAUAUCUCCGAGGUUACGCAGGUGAAGAAGUAUGUUCAGUACUUGCGUGAGGAUAGGCGCUUCCGCAUUACGAACGAUGAGAUUGGGAUCAUUGCUCCUUACCAGGCCCAAUGUGGUCGUAUUCGAAGGGCACUUACCGAUUACGAGGGAAUCAAAGUGGGGAGCGUCGAAGAGUUCCAAGGACAGGAACGUCGUGUGAUUAUCAUCUCGACCGUGCGGAGCAGCAAAGAGUACAUCGAAUAUGACCUCAGGCAUACCCUUGGGUUCGUCGCCAGUCCUCGCAGGUUCAAUGUUGCUGUCACUCGAGCUCAAGCUCUCCUGAUCGUUGUCGGGGACCCAACAGUCAUCUCCCUUGAUCCCCUUUGGAGGAAGUUCCUGAACCAUGUCUACAAUAACCGAGCCUGGAUCGGAGAUGCACCAACAUGGGAUACCAGAGCUGCCAUCCGUGAAAAUGGGGGCUAUGACCAGGAAGUCGUGGAGGUUGUCAUGGACGACAUGAACCAAUUCACGAGGCGUAUGACUGCUUUGACGUUAGGCGACGUCAUUCCACAACUUGACGAUGACGAUGUCGAUGCGAAUGAGGAUAGACCGUGGCGCGAAAUGGAGUGAGUGAAAUGAGUGUGGGGUCGCUGAUUUUGAGUGAUUUGUUUUCUUGUCCUUGUCUUGGAUGUUGCUCUGCUGUAUCCGUCGUUGAUUUGCUGUCGUAACCUCAGUAUGCACGUACCUCGAGUGUAAUGCUUCUGUAAAGCGCUGCCGAACCUUAAAAGCCUGAUGAAAG